UCACAGAUCUCGGGAGUCACAAGAGUGCUUGCAUGGAACGAAAACGAGGGCGCUUCUUCGUAUUUGUACGUGCACCUCCGCCGCCGACAUCCUUCUUCCUUUUCCUCCUCGUAAUCUUGUCUUCCGCAGGCCUAUCAGCUUCCCAGCUCGGAACUCCUACCGCUGAAUUCGAUACAGAUCGCCUCGCUAUCCUCUCCUUCAAGACUCUCGUCUCGGGCCCAUCCGGAGCACUGGUCUCCUGGGGGAACAGCUCCCUCCAUUUCUGCCGGUGGCGAGGGGUGAACUGCCGUAAUCAUGACGGUGAACCGAGGGUCACAGCUCUGGUGUUGGAGUCCCUCCGGUUGAAGGGUAAAUUAUCUCCGUCCCUUGCUAACCUCACCUUCCUCAGGAGACUCCGCCUCGGCAACAACAGCCUCGAGGGUUCCAUUCCGCAGGAGCUCGGCUUUCUAUCCCGGCUUCGGUCCCUCAAUCUAAGUUACAAUCAUCUGGGUGGGAUGAUUCCCACUUCGCUGCUCCAGAAUUGUUCCGAACUCCGAAUCUUCAGCCUGAGUCAUAACAAUCUCAACCGGACAAUCCCACGCAAUCUCAGCAACUGUUUGUAUCUACGAGUUAUUGAUUUGGAUCGGAACAUGCUCGAAGGAAACAUCCCCAGCGAUAUCGGCUCUCUACCGAAGCUAGAGACAGUCGCCAUCUGGGACAAUCUCCUCGAGGGAAGCAUUCCUCCGGAGAUCGGGAAGCUUGCAAGCUUAACAGGACUUCACAUGCGUUUCAACAGCCUUGAGGGUUCCAUCCCGCAGGAGCUCGGCUUUCUAUCCCACCUUCGGACUCUCAAUCUUAGCAACAAUCAACUGGGUGGGAUGAUUCCCAAUUCUCUGUUCCAGAACUGUUCGAGACUUCAAAUCUUCAGCCUGAGUCAUAACAACAUGAAUGGCACAAUCCCACGCAAUCUCAGCAACUGUUCGGAACUCCAAGUCAUCGGUUUGGAUCAGAACAAGCUGCGAGGAGACAUCCCCACCGAUCUGGGCUCCCUUCCAAAGCUCCGGGAACUCGUCAUGUGGAACAAUCUCCUCCAAGGAGGCAUUCCUCCUGAGAUCGGGAAUCUUGCAAGCUUAACAGGACUUUAUCUAGGCGGCAACCAACUCACCGGCGCUAUUCCUGCUGCGGUAGGGAACCUCUCCUCUCUUGCCCAUCUUGAUCUGUCAAACAGUACUCUUGUAGGAGACAUCCCUGCCGCAAUAUGGAACCUCACCUCUCUUCGUCAGCUUGUGCUGUGGAGUAAUAAGCUCACAGGAGCCAUCCCAUCCGACAUAGGCAAUCUUGUUAGCUUGACCACACUCUUUCUUCAUUACAACCAACUCACUGGCACAAUCCCAUCCGAGAUUGGGAACCUAGUGAAUCUGACCGUAUGUGUUUUGGGUGGCAACCACCUGGUUGGCACCAUUCCCAGGAGUUUGGGCUCCUUGCAUAGUUUAGAUGCAUUGAUUCUGGGUAGCAAUGGGCUACAAGCAAGGGAUGCGGCCGAGUGGAGUUUCUUGGACUCCUUGGCCAACUGCACCCACCUUAGAAUCUUAGAUAUAUCGAAAAAUGAUCUAAGUGGCAUGCUGCCAAAAUCCAUAGCCAAUUUGUCUAGAUCUCUGGAAGAGCUAGACAUCGGAGGCAACCAGAUAGCAGGAAGCAUCGCUGAAGAGAUUGGGAAUCUUAUUAGCUUGACCAAAAUCACGAUGUGGUACAACCUUCUCGGCGGUGCUAUUCCUGCAACGCUGGGAAGGCCUUCGGGAUUAGGAAGAGUAAACUUAGGAGGAAACCAUUUGGUGGGAGAAAUCCCUGCAACCCUCGGGAACCUUACUAGAUUAAACAUUCUUGUUCUUGCCACCAAUGAACUGCAUGGAUCCAUACCUCCGAGCCUUGGAAAGUGCCCAUUAAAUAUCUUGAAUCUUGAUUCCAACAGGUUAAAUGGUACGGUGCCCGUACAGAUCUUUGACAUCCCCAGUCUCACCAAACUCAAUAUUUCGCGCAAUUUAUUAACAGGAGUCCUGCCUUCGGAGAUUGGGAAUUUGAGAAACACCCAAAGUAUCGAUGCGUCCGAUAAUAGAUUAUCCGGUAGAUUGCCCAGCGGAAUUGCUGGAUGCCAGGUCCUCGAAAUCCUUUGCAUUGGAGGCAACUAUUUCCAGGGACCCAUUCCUUCGUCGUUUAGCCAGUUGAAGGGGCUUCGAGUGCUGGACAUUUCAAGCAAUGAUUUAUCGGGGCAUAUACCAGAUUUUCUUGGGAGCUUUAACAUGACGUAUCUCAAUCUCUCCUACAACGAUUUGGACGGUGAAGUGCCAAAAGAUGGGAUUUUUGCAAAUGCAAGUGCAUUCUCGGUGGUGGGGAACAGGAAACUUUGCGGGGGUAUUCCAGAACUUAGAUUGCCAUCAUGCCCUUCCGAGGAAAAAUCUUCUUCUGCUAAGCUAAUUGCCAUCGUCUCUGUUGUCGGAGGAAUCUUGUGCGUCACCUUUCUGAUCUCCGUGUUGGUUGCUUGUUAUCGAUUACGCAAGUCAAGCAGGCUUUCUUCUGUUACCUCACGCAUCGAAGAGCAGCACAGGAGGGUCUCUUUUGCCGAGCUGCUCAGAGCGACAAAUGAAUUUUCGCCUGCUAAUCUGAUUGGGAAGGGAAGCUUCGGAUCUUCCUACAGAGGAAUCAUGGAUUGGGAAGACCACAAGGAAGUGGCGGUGAAGGUACUCAACCUGCAGCAAACAGGGGCUGUGAGAAGCUUCAUGGCCGAAUGCGAAGCUCUGAGAAACGUCAGGCAUCGGAAUCUCGUCAAGAUACUGACAUCGUGCUCAGGUGUUGAUUUCGGAGGGAAUGACUUCAAAGCUCUAGUGUUUGAGUUCUUACCCAGUGGAAGUCUGGACGAGUGGCUUCAUCCUCCAGAAAGAGACGAACGGGGUUCGUCGAGAGUGCUAAGCCUCGGGCAGAGAUUGAACAUAUCCAUUGAUGUGGCUUCUGCGUUGGAUUAUCUUCAUCGCCAUGUUCCGACCCCGAUUGUGCAUUGUGAUCUUAAACCGAGCAACGUGCUUUUGGACGAUGACAUGGUGGCACAUGUGGGUGACUUCGGAUUGGCGAGGUUCGUGGGCAAGUCAUCCCAGAGAUCGACGAACUCGGUCACGUUGAAAGGGUCCAUCGGCUACGCUGCUCCAGAGUAUGGGAUGGGACAUAAGGUUUCAGUGCAAGGUGAUGUGUACAGUUACGGAAUGCUCCUGCUGGAGAUGUUUACUGCAAAGCGACCUACUGAUGAUGGGUUCAAGGAAGGUCUGAAUCUUCAUCGCUACGUUGAGAGGGCACUUCCAAAACAUGUUGUUGAGAUCAUAGACCCAAACUUGUCACUGGGAGGUGGAGAAGGAGAAGCAUGCCGUUCAAGUCCAUCGGCAAAUGAAUCAAGCAUGAGAGCUGUAGAGUGCAUUGCUUCGGUGCUCAGAGUUGGCGUGUCGUGUUCCAAAGGAUCACCAAAAGAGCGAAUGCAAAUGGAGGAUGUCAUAAGGGAACUUCACGACAUCAAGGAUGCAUUUCUUGGAUCGACUCUAUUGCGGGCGUAGAGAUGAUAUCAACGUUUGAUAAAUAUUAAGAUUAUAAUUUCUGUACCGCAUAUAAAUUAUGAACUUUUAUAAUCUUCCCCUCAUAACUAUUUUGACUUCUUUCAUCUUGUUAGCAUCUCAAUAUAUUAUUUGUUCUUCCAACAAAAAGAAAAUGCAAGAUAGAAAGUUGAAACAUCUUCCAGGCUAAGCCUUUUGAUUAUACAAAAUAUUUCAUGUAAUCCUUUUGCCCCAUAAUUAGAGUUUUUUUUUUUUUAACUUG